CUCUUCUCAUUGCUCAACCCCAGAUCUCCCUGGGAAAUACCUCCCUGACUGGGGACUAAGUACCUCACAGGGUAAUUGAGUCAUGAGGGGUGGAGAAGAGCAAGGGAGGCAGAGGAUAAAUAGCAGCUUUGCCUCCCUGGCUCUUCUCUGCAUCCUCCCCGCUUGCCCAACAAUAUGCAUCUUGCCAGUUUGCUCAGCUCCUGCUCCCUCCUGCUGCUACUGGGGGCCCUGCCUGGAUGGGCGGCCAACAAUGACCCCAUUGAGAAGGUCAUUGAAGGGAUCAACCGAGGGCUGAGCAAUGCAGAGAGAGAGGUGGACAAGGCCCUGGAAGGCAUCAACAAUGGAAUCACUCAAGCUGGAAGGGAAGUGGAGAAAGUUUUUAAUGGACUCAGCAGUGUGGGGAACCAGGCCGGCAAGGAGCUGGACAAGGGCAUCCAGGGGCUCAACCACGGCUUGGACAAGGUAGCCCAUGGAAUCAACAAUGGCAUCGGACACACAGGAAAGGAAGCAGAGAAGCUUGCUCAUGGGGUCAACCAUGCUGCUGGACAGGUUGGGAAGGAGGCAGACAAAGUGACUCAGGGGGUCCAUCAUGGGGCCAACCAGGCGGGAAGUGAUGCAGGGAGGUUUGGCCAGGGGGCCCACCAUGCUGCCGGGCAGGCUGGGAGCGAGGCAGAAAAGUUUGGCCAGGGGGUCCACCAUGCUGCUGGGCAGGCUGGGAAAGAGGCAGAGAAGUUUGGCCAGGGGGUCCACCAUGCUGCUGGGCAGGCUGGGAAAGAGGGAGAAAAAAUAGUCCAGGGGGUCCAACAUGGAGUGAAUCAGGCCGGGAAGGAGGCAGAAAAGUUUGGUCAGGGAGUCCACCAUGCCGUUGACCAGGCUGGAAAGGAGGCGGGUAAAGUGGCUCAAGGGGUCCAUGAUGGGGUCAACCAGGCCGGCAAGGAGGCAGAGAAAUUGGGCCACGGGGUCAACCAUGCUGCUGGCCAGGCUGGAAAGGAAGCGGAGAAACUUGGCCAAGGUGUCCACCAUGCUGCAGGCCAGGCCGGGAAUGUUCAUAAUGGGGUCAACCAAGCCGGCAAGGAGGCCAACCAGCUGCUGAAUAAUGGUCAUCCAGGCGGAUCCACCGCCCAGCACGGAGGGGCCGCAACCACAACCUUAACAUCUGGAGCUUCGGUCAACAAGCCCUUCAUGGCCUUGUCAGUCCUGUGGAAGAGCGUCACCAGCAUCAUUCCCUAAGCUGAUGAACUGACCUGGUUGAAGAGACUGACGUUCCUAUUGUCAUAUCCGCUGAAGUGACCUGAAGGAGC